AUAAAGUAAGAGACAAAAAUAUUAAAAUCCCAUUCCUAGAAAAAGAAAAGAAAAAAGGCAAAAUGGCAACUCCGGACGAAAUCCCUUCUGCUAAGAGAUGGCUUCCUCUCGAAGCUAACCCCGAAGUCAUGAACCAGUUUCUUUGGGGUCUGGGUCUUCCGGAGGAUGAGGCAGAGUGCUGCGAUGUUUAUGGCUUGGAGGAUGAACUCUUAGCAAUGGUGCCACAGCCUGUUCUUGCUGUCCUUUUUCUUUUUCCAAUAACUUCUCAGACUGAAGAAGAGAGAUUGCAGCAGGAUAAUGAGAAAAGAGAUGCUAGCAGCAAAGUUUAUUUCAUGAAACAAACUGUGGGAAAUGCUUGUGGAACAAUUGGGCUUCUUCAUGGUGUUGGAAAUAUCACUUCAGAAAUCAAACUUCAAGAGGAAUCAUUUCUAGAUAGGUUUUUUAAAUCUACUGCAAGCAUGGAUCCAUUGGAGCGUGCAGCAUUUCUUGAGAAAGACAGAGAAAUGGAAGUUGCUCACUCUGUAGCAGCUACAGCUGGUGAAACAGAGGCUUCAAACAAUGUGGACGCUCAUUUUACGUGCUUCACAUGUGUUGAUGGAGAACUUUAUGAGCUUGAUGGAAGCAAGUCAGGACCCAUAUCACAUGGCGCAUCCUCACCAAGUAGCUUAUUGCAGGAUGCAGCGAAAGUCAUAAGGGGCAUGAUCCAGAAAUAUCCCGAGUCACUCAACUUCAAUGUUAUUGCACUCUCUAAGAAAGUGGCAGGCCUGUUUGCAGGAUCAUCUUGGAUGCAUCAGAGGGCUAUCAUUACCCAUUUCCUAAGUCUGUACUUGUCCGCAAUGGCUGCCUCAUUGUUGCCUGCUACAACUACAUCUAGUCUUCCUUCGACGUUAAUGAUAAGCCCAAUCUGUUAGUAUUUCUGUCUUUUGAACAUCUAGAUACAACAUGUUAACAUCUAGUAUUGUUCAGUCCUUAAAUCAACAAAAUUUCAUCUGAUUAAAUCCACGUAGAAAAGUACAAACAUUCCCACCUAAGCUUUUUUCUGUUCAGACCCAAAUUUCAUUUCACAAAAAAAAAAAAAAGUCCAAAUAUUAUUAAUCGUUUUUUUCAUCAUGAACAAUCAUGUAAGUCAGCAAUCUAGCAAAAGAAAAUCCCCUACAACUA